GCGGAGAGAGCAUUCAUUUGGAACCAAGCAAGAACGCGCAAACAACGGACCAAAGCAAACAAAGCGAAAAGGAAGAAGGGGAACGGAACACACUGCUGGAGAAAGCUCAAAUCAACAGUUAGCGGGACGCAGGCAAUAAAUAUUUCCGAUAGAAGAGGCGUAUAAAUUCCCAUCGAGACGGCAAAACCGAGUGGAACAGUGACAAACAUUUGUGGAGCUUGCUGGCUGCUCUCGCUGCUCUUCCUCACCCUCUCCCUCCUCCCUAGCGUCGUGCCGGUUCAGGCCACCAGUGACGUCACCAUGACGCGGCCCACAGAAGCGGAAUUCUCACGCCGGCUGGCCAUUUUCUCGCUCAAUGUGUACCAGAAGCUGUCGUUGCUGAAGCCAGGCCAGAAUGUGGUCUUCUCCCCCUUCUCCAUACAAACAUGCGCUGCCAUGGCACGCAUGGGAGCCGACGGGGAGACGGCCGCCGAGCUGGACCGCGGCCUGGGGCUGGUCUCCAGCGAUGCUGCCAAGAUAGCACAGAGUUUCCACCAAGUGCUGGCUGCCUACGAGAACAGCCCGAUCCUGCACAUAGCCAACAAGGUGUUCGUGAUGGAGGGCUAUCCACUGCGCGAGGAGUUCAAUCAGCUGCUCACCAAGGACUUUCUCUCGGCGGCACAAAGCAUAAACUUUGCCCAAAGCGCCGAGGCAGCAGGCACCAUCAACGCGUGGGUGGAGCAGCGUACCAAUAAUCUGAUCAAAGAUUUGGUGCCCGCCAGCGCACUGGACGCCAACUCUCGCCUGGUGCUGGUCAACGCCAUUCACUUCAAGGGCACCUGGGAGCACAAGUUCCCGCAGCAUGCCACACAGCAGGAGCUGUUCCACUCGAACGAGGGUCAGAGCUCCAAGGUGCCCAUGAUGAACUUGAAGAAGAAAUUCCGCUACGCGGCGCUGCCCGAACUGGAUGCCGCUGCGCUGGAGCUGCCCUACGCGGACUCGGACCUGUCCAUGCUGAUUGUGCUGCCCAAUAGCCGGACUGGUUUGCCUGCGCUGGAGGAGAAGCUGCGCGGUACGCCGCUGUCGGUGAUCACACAGUCGCUGCAGACGACCGAGGUGGUGGUGAAGCUGCCCAAAUUCAAGGCAGAGUUCCAGGUGGAGCUGUCGGAGGUGUUCCAGCAGCUCGGCAUGUCCAAGUUGUUCGGCAACUCUGCGGAGUUCAACAAAAUGCUGCAAAGUCCCGAGCAGCUGAAGGUGUCGGCCAUCAUCCAUAAAGCCUUUAUCGAUGUGAAUGAGGAGGGCACCGAGGCAGCAGCAGCCACUGGCGCCGUGGUGCGUAUGAAGCGCUGUAUUGUCUCAUUGGUGGAACCCAUCGAGUUCCAUGCCGAUCAUCCAUUCAUCUAUGCUCUGCUCCAUCGAGCGGAUCUGCCACUCUUCUGGGGCUCGGUGGUGCAGCUCGAGGGCGAGGCCGUUGCAGCGCACAACGAGUUAUGAUAGCGAAUCUCUUUCUCUCUCACAGAGUAGCUCAGCUCUCGCUCAUUCAAUGUGGAAACAAUAAAGGCAGCUAGCUAUUUUUUUAGUAAAGUUAA